UUCUCUUACUAUGGCAUGCGAGCUGUGCUGGUACUGUACUUCCGUUAUUUCCUUCGCUGGGAUGAUGACCUGGCCACCACCAUUUACCACACAUUUGUGGCCCUGUGCUACCUCAUGCCUAUUCUGGGGGCCAUCAUAGCUGAUUCCUGGCUUGGAAAGUUUAAGACUAUAGUGUAUCUAUCCAUCGUGUACACUAUCGGCCAAGCAGUCAUGGCCAUCAGUGCUAUUCAUGACAUCACUGAUUCCAACAAGGAUGGCACCCCUGAUAACAUGACACUCCAUAUUGCCCUGUCUAUGGUGGGUCUACUCCUUAUUGCUCUGGGUACAGGAGGGAUAAAGCCCUGUGUAGCUGCCUUUGGAGGAGACCAGUUUGAAGAUGACCAGGAAAAACAAAGAAGCACCUUCUUCUCCAUUUUCUAUCUCGCCAUUAAUGCUGGCAGUCUGCUCUCCACCGUCAUCACACCAAUUCUCAGAGCUCAAGAGUGUGGCAUCAACACACAGCAGAAGUGCUAUCCUCUGGCAUUUGGUGUCCCUGCUGCUCUUAUGGCAGUUGCCCUCGUUGUGUUUAUUCUGGGCAGCAGUAUGUACACCAAAGCUGCACCCAAGGGCAACAUCAUGAUGGAGGUGAUGAGCUGCAUUGGAUUUGCCAUUAACAACCGCUUCAAGCACCGCAGCAGCCACUACCCCAAGAGAGAGCACUGGAUGGACUGGGCUGAGGAAAAAUAUGAUAAACUGCUGAUUGCUCAGGUGAAGAUGGUUGUAAAGGUUCUGUUCCUCUAUAUCCCACUGCCCAUGUUUUGGGCUCUUUUUGACCAGCAGGGCUCUCGCUGGACCCUACAGGCCAUCACAAUGAAUGGCAACUUUGGUAUCUUCACCGUCCAGCCAGAUCAGAUGCAGACUGUGAACCCCAUUCUGAUCCUGAUCAUGGUUCCAAUAGUGGACAACGCUAUCUAUCCUUUGAUUAAAAAGUGUGGUCUGAACUUCACGCCACUGAAAAGAAUUACCGUGGGAAUGUUCCUGGCGGCGUUGGCAUUUGUGGCUGCAGCCCUGGUGCAAAUUCAGAUCGAUCAAUCCCUUCCUAAGUUCCCCUCAGCCGUUGAGGCACAGGUGAAGUUCAUAAACCUGGAGAACAGCCCUAUGUUCGUAUCUGUGGAUGAAAGCUCGUUCGAUAUUCCACCUUUAGGGUCAUCAGGUGAUUACAGGACAGUGAACGCAGACACUAUGAUGUUAACAAUUGGAACUGUAGCUGCAGUCAGUGUUCCUCUGCUCAAGGGAGAACGUCAGACUUUCCUCCUUGACCCACUUGGAAUUAAAGGAUCUGGAGAAGAUGUGAAAACCAAACCAGAUGAAGGGGAUAAUAACAUCAGAUUUGUAAAUGGCUAUAAUGCUGAGCUGAAUGUGUUCACCAGUUUCCAAAACAUCAGUACCAUGGCUCAGUUUGGGUUUUCCAACUACACUACGGUCCCAGAGGGCAAAUCCACCUUCUUCAUAGAGAACAGCUCAGGACAGCAGUGUGCAUAUCAAUUAGACCUGGGAUUUGGAAGCGCCUACACACUUUUAAUACCAAGCACAUUCAGUUUUGGACCUGAGUGUGGAAAUACCAUCAAGCAGAUUGAAGACCUGAAGCCCAACGCCAUCCACAUGGCUUGGCAGAUCCCGCAGUACUUCCUCAUGACCAUGGGAGAGGUGGUCUUUUCAGUCACCGGUCUCGAGUUUUCCUACUCACAGGCUCCUAAGAACAUGAAGUCAGUGCUGCAGGCUGGCUGGUUGCUGACCACAGCAGUGGGAAACAUUAUUGUGCUGAUUGUGGCUGAAGCUGGACAGCUUCCUGAUCAGUGGGCUGAAUAUGUGCUCUUUGCUUCACUCCUGCUGUGCGUGUGCAUCAUCUUCUCCAUCAUGGCUUACUUCUAUACCUACAUCGACCCCGCCGAGAUCGAAGCUCAAUUCGCCGAGUACACACCCGAGGAAAAGGACAGAAAAAACAAGGAAGUGGAAAUGAAGGGAGACAGUAAACACACAGACGAUGACACAUCCAGCGUCAAACAGACCAAGAUUUAA